AUGGGUGGUGGAAGUGAAAUACCCACCAUCAUCUUGUCAGUAGUCAUGUUCAGGUGCCACAUGGACUCUACUUGUGGAGGGGCUUCACGAGGAAUCCAUGGUUUCUUUGGAGAAGCUGAUGGGGUUGGAAGAGGUCUUGGAGCCCGAGCAGCAGUUGAGGUUUCUCUAUCUAUUCUUGUUUCAGAUCAGCUAGAUGGAGAGUCCCCAUGUCUGGCCUGA